UUGUCGCAACAAGAUCCGGCUUCAUACUUCCGGUUGACUGGCGCGUUGGACGUUGCUAUUGGCUCUUUUCUUCACUUCCCAUAUAACCCUGCGUUGUCAUUUCCUUUUCCCUUUCAGCCAUUUUCCGCUAAAGACGGAGUGAACAACCAUGGCUCCCAGCCGGAAUGGCAUGAUUUUGAACCCUCACUUUCACAAAGACUGGCAGAAGAGAGUGCGCACCUGGUUCAACCAGCCCGCCAGAAAGCUCCGCAGACGUAAGGCCCGUCAGGCAAAGGCUCGGCGUAUUGCUCCAAGACCAGUUUCUGGACCUCUGCGACCCAUAGUCAGGUGUCCAACCAUCCGGUAUCACAACAAGAUCCGUGCCGGACGUGGUUUCACCCUGGAGGAGUUGAAGGCAGCAGGAAUCAACAAAAAGGUGGCCCGCACCAUUGGCAUCGCCGUUGACCCUCGCCGGCGUAACCGAUCCACAGAGUCUCUGCAGUCCAACGUUCAGAGGCUGAAGGUGUACCGCUCCAAACUCAUCAUCUUCCCGAGGAAGGCUUCUGCACCCAAGAAGGGAGACAGCACUGAGGAGGAGAUUAAGAUGGCCACACAGCUCACUGGACCUGUCAUGCCCAUCAAAAACUUUUUCCCGAAAGAGAAGGCCCGCGUGAUCUCCGAGGAGGAGAAGAACUUCCAGGCCUUCGUCAGCCUGCGUAUGGCCCGUGCCAAUGCCCGUCUGUUCGGCAUCCGUGCCAAGAGGGCAAAGGAGGCCGCCGAGCAGGACGUCGAAAAGAAGAAAUAAACGUUGAUUUGUAAGGAACUGUCAAAAUAAAUGUCUAAAAAAUC